AUGGCUGAGCACCACAGGAGAAAAGUCGCGCAUGUCCUAAUUAUGUUAGCUAUCGUGCUUCCUGCGGAGGUGGCGAUGUCCAUGCGUACCGGUCGCAAGCUAGCGGCCUCUCCGCCGACUGCUGGGCGUACGUUUAUGGCGUCGUUGCCGUUAAAUAUUACAGUUUCCUCACCAGCGGAAUUGAUGACGUCCCGGAAGGCUUACAUGUGGGGCAAGCAGCAAAUUACGGUUGUCUACUCCCGGCCCGUAAUUGCACUUGGCUCAGAUUUAACUAUCGAGGGCCUCGAGAAGAAGGCAACACCGUUCCGGCUAUCUUGCAAUUUCCCCGGCAAGAUUCGCUGGGUGACUACGAGCAUUGCCCGCUACGAUCCGGAUGAGUCCUGGCCGACCGACCUGGACUGUGAUUUCAUAUGGAACAGCGGCCUGAAGACCUAUGACGGAGUCAAAGUGCAGCUCGGCGAUCUCCCCAUCAAACGGCGCCUUGCUAGCAGUUCUCUCUACAUCUCCAACGUAAAUGUUGUUUCGGAGCUGGCCAAGAAUUUGACUGGGGGAACAUGGAGCAGCAGCGAAGUGGCGUAUGGAGAUAAGGCCCCGGAAGUGCCGCCGGACGGUCACUUAUUGGUGUACUUCUCGUACACCGUCAAUCUCAAGAUGGUGUCAGCAGCGCUUCAGAUCUUGGAGGGCAACUCCAUGCAAGGCAGUGUGACAUCGGGCCCCAGGCAGUUUACCGUACGGCCCUGUACGAGCGCUGCACCAUGGAUUGCCACAAACGUUGGUCCCUUGCUGAAACCUGACACCUGGUAUACGCUGCGUCUGCCAGCUGGAACUAAGUACAACGCGGUUUCGGGGCAACUUGCUAGAGAUUUGGACUACGUGUUCGCUGGAUUGGGUCCUUUCCGCAUCCCCUUUCUAAACCCUAUUCCCAACGACGAUUCCGUCACCUCCUACAACGCCUUCAGUUAUCGUCGCUGGAACAUGUGGUUGCCUCACGGCCUCGCCGCCGGCACCCGCGCCUCUGAUCUGGCUGCCGCCAUCACCCUUUGUGAGCGACCCACGGGUCCGUCGCCUCCAGCUGGUAACAGCAGCCAGCCAGCCUGUGGCGCCCGCGUGCCCUUUAAUCUUACACUGGUGGGGCCUACCCUGGCCAGGCUAACGGUACCUCGGGCGCAACCCGGCAGGACCUACCGGGUGUACGUGUCACGCAGCUCCACAGUCCGGGACGGUUUCAAUCAGAAACUGCAGGGGUCAUCUACGGAGUUCAAGAUGAUGGACGUCCAGUACAUGUUUGCAGCGCCCAACAACGGUGGCUCUGCCCUUGUGGUCCUCGAGGGCGCGGACAUUGACCCACAAACCAGCUAUUGGCCGUACAUCACACGUUCACCGUCGUUAGGCAUGUACGGAUGGCCAAAGGAGGGCUACCCCCGUACCAUCAAGUCGUACCAUAUUAACGCUGCCAUUGAUGCUGACGUAAUCCGUCUGUUUGCCUUCAUUCAGUCAUGCCGUAAACUCACGUACAUGCAGGCAUCCAUGGAUUACGGGGUUCAAGAUGCAACAGCUGUGUUAGGCCAGCCCGACAUGGUGCUAACGGUCAACCGAAAUCUAACUACCCCGGGACUGGGUCAAGACUGGACGCAAAUCAAGGCCCCCUUAGGCUCUGCACAGCUUCAAGUAAUGUCAGAAUGCUGUACACCUGUGUCUGAACAGCGCGCGUACGGGCAAUCAAAAAUCGUACUCCGUACGAACUUGACACUCAGUGUCGUACAGUCGGGGCCUACUCUCGUGGCCUGGGUGACAGAUGCCUUCGGGGGCAGCGGCCCAGGCACAGUAGCAGGAGCCGAUGUGUCUUUCUACACCUUACCGUUUGGCUGGUACGGAUACGACGAAGUGGAGUUGCCGGUCAAGCUAGCCAACUGUACGACCAACAUGCAGGGAUAUUGUGCAGUGCGAUUAACUUCUGACUCGGAUCGCAGUAUGCUGGCAGCAGUGGCGCGGGUCGUUUCUGCAGCGGGGGUACGUACGGCACUCCUUCCGUACAGCGGCUGGGUGACAAGCCCCAAGUCGGUGUCUCCGUAUAAGGCCUCCAUCGUUUUGGAUCGCAAGGUGGUGGAGCCCGCGGACUCCGUCAAGAUUACAGGUUUCGUACAAUUGGCUUCCCCAACGGGGCUGUCUCUCCCUAACGAUGCAUACAUUCUACUGGAGGUGGUGCCCAAUUUCAACGGUACUAUUGAGGGGAUACUUCCCCUUACGGUGGCCACGCUGAGCGGGAUUACAGGGACAUUCCAUGCGGAGAUCGCCGUACCCGCCUCCGCCAAGAUGCUAACCUACACCGUCAAUGCCUUCGUCAGCUCUGUCGUACCGAAUGGUACGACACCGCUACCAGCUGUGACCGACCUGUUACAUAUAGACGACGACGUCUACCUCUCUUCCGAGACCUUUGUGGUGUCUAGCCCACGACCUCCCACGGCAGAGCUUAAGCUGGUAACGGACCCAUGGGUCACUCCCAAUGGAUCUUUUGCGGUCAACGCCACCGCCGUCAGCUACAUCGGUGCCUCCGUCAGCGACUCCGUCGUCACCGUGACGUGGUCACUGGUGAAUAGCGGCGCCUCCGCCAGCAGCGUGCUGAAUCUGACAACGAAUAUGGAGGGUGUGGCGGCAGCGACGAUUAAUCUUGCGCCGGUUGCGGCGGCGGCGGCGGCGGCGGCGGCGGGGAAGGUGCUUACAGGCACCGUCAGUGUGAAGGCGGAGUGGAUAGGACCUACAAGAGAGCGCAUUAUCCAGUCCUCGUCCGUAAGGAUCGCAUCUGGUCCCGUUAGCGUUUCCAUCUCCACAAGCCAUGUCACCGACAUCCCGGGCAUCCCCUUCACCGUUGCCGCCGCCGUCACCUCCUCCGUCGACGGCGCCGCCAUUCGUGACCUGCCCGUACACGUCACGAUGAAGCCCUUGUCCGCCUCCGCCGCCACCUGCGCCGCCGUCGCGGUGCCCUCCGCCACCGGCGGCAUCGCAAACUGUACGACAUCCAGCGGCGCCGACUGGCCGACCGCCGCGGCCUCGUGCCGCCUGGCGCUUCCCUGCGUUGGCCAGUUCCUGUUGGAGGCAUGUGUUGAUGUGCCGUACGGCGGCAGUACGACACGUGCGUGCGGCAGUACGACACGUGGCCGCGACGCGACCCUGUGGGCUGCAGCUCCGUUGUCAGGAAUUCCGGAGCCUACGAUUUUCCUGGACAAACCUGACGGAUAUCGUCUGGGCGAAUCCCCCCGUCUAUGGCUGGAUAACCCCUACUCGGCUAGCCGUAUGCUGGUGGUCUGGGGUACGACAUACGGCGUCCGUACAAUGGUAUUCACUGGGCUUCCCGCCGGUCAGCCAUUCACCGCGGUCAUAGGGCCUCUCGGUUCGGAGUGCGAAUUCAACUGCGCAAUGACGGUCGUACUUGACGUACCAAGGGCGGGCCCGACGGACGUACCGAUAUUGCCUCCACGUAGCGAGCUACCCGUGAGUGCCCUGUUCGAUCCCCGCGCCCCGCAUGCGCAUAUUAUGACUGCCGACAUUCGCAUCCUGCGCGACAACGAGCUGUCCGUGGAAGUUGAAGUGACGCCGGCGCCAGCGGCGGUCGGCGCGGCUGGCGUUACAACGGUCAAGGAUUCCAACGGAGCGGAUCUUGUGGUGGUUGAGCCAGGAGCGACAGCGCAGGUUACGGUGGAUGUAGGCUCAGCCGCGGCAGACGGUCCGGUGGAGGUGACCGUGUACGGCAUCGACAAAGCUUUUUUGGAUCUUCUGCCGUACAAUCUUCCCAAGCCGCAUAAGGAGAUCGUGCUUGCGUUGGAUGCGUAUAUGAAUGGGUUCCAAACAGAUGACUACCGCGUCGCGCCAGGUGCCAUACGGGCGGUGUACGAUACAUUGAUUGCGAGGUACGGAGUACGGAACUCAAAAAGUAUUGUGUGCAGAAUGUAUGGACCGCCGGGUAUGAGUUGUUGGAAGAUCGAUCGCCUUUCAUGCAACGGCGCUGGCUCUACUCUUUGUGAGUCUCGAGCCCACUGUAACAACCACAACCACAACCACAACCACAACCACAACCACAACCACAACCACAACCACAACCACAACCACAACCACAACCACGGCGACUCGCUGGGGACUCGAGAGGGUGACGGCACGCAUCAUCAUCUCUAA